GAUUGAGACGGGAGGAAGCAGAAAGACCGGAGAGCCGCUGAGCUUCGAGGAAUACUGAGCAAAAAAACCCACUACUCGGCACAGAAACUAAAGGGAUGGCAGCCAUCCGGAAGAAGCUGGUGAUAGUUGGAGAUGGAGCUUGUGGCAAGACGUGUCUUCUCAUAGUCUUCAGCAAGGACCAGUUCCCUGAGGUCUACGUCCCCACGGUGUUCGAAAACUACGUUGCUGACAUAGAAGUUGAUGGCAAACAGGUGGAGUUGGCUCUUUGGGAUACAGCUGGUCAGGAAGACUACGACAGGCUGAGACCUCUCUCCUAUCCAGACACUGACGUCAUCCUCAUGUGCUUCUCCAUAGACAGUCCUGACAGCUUGGAAAACAUUCCAGAGAAGUGGACUCCAGAGGUCAAACACUUCUGUCCAAAUGUCCCCAUCAUCCUGGUAGGAAACAAAAAGGACCUGCGUAACGACGAGCACACACGCCGAGAGCUCGCCAAAAUGAAGCAGGAACCAGUGAAAUCAGAGGAAGGCCGGGACAUGCAUGGACGCAUCUCUGCUUUCGGUUACAUGGAGUGCUCUGCCAAGACCAAGGACGGCGUGCGGGAGGUUUUUGAGAUGGCCACCAGAGCGGCACUGCAGGCCCGCCGUGGGAAGAAGAGCAAUAAAUGUGUACUGCUGUAAAGUGGCAGACAUGGUUGGACUGUUUUCACCCUGGGCUGUUAUACCCGGGGAUAGGGCUCAGUAGGGACACAGGGAUUACUAGUUUGGGGAGGGGGGAGGUGAGGGGGAGAAAAGAUUGGAGUAAAUAACUACCGCUGUUAACUGGUUGUUUGUCAGACACAAUUUUCCCUGGGACUUGGAUUAAGGAAGCUGUGAUGAAGAUGGACGGUUGGAUGAAUGGGUGGGGAAGAGGAGAGCACAGUAAACGACCACCGGGCUCUUGCACCUGUGGGUGCACCAUUAGGUCGGCAGAUUUACACCAGCUACCACCCACGAGUUGGUACAUGUAGUCUUUUCAGCAAGCCACUUACACUGAUCGAGACCAUCAGGAGAUCCCAGUUCCAACCUGGAUGGUUGCAAUCUGGAAAAAAGGUUUAGUUAUUUUUUGUCUGGGAGAACUUUUUAAUUCCCAGAUGUUUGCCAGGGGUUAAAGAGGAAGUUAAACAGGUGUUAAGAAGCAUUACUACGCUGACACCAAACCAGGGUGGCAUCUCAGUUUUGCUUCCUUUUUUUUUUUCAUGCUUAUUGAAUGCUGUGGUCACCUGAGCAAUUCAAAUGAACAGCCUCAAAAGUAGACAAAUCAGAAGUGAACUCUAGUAACAAGUGCUCCCUAAAUAUACCAGUUAUAUUUUGUAAGUAAUUUUAAUAACAAGACAGCAUUUUCUGGAUUUUCUCUUUUUUCAAACCAGAGGUGACCGGUUCUCGUGACUUCUAGUCUCCCUGUCAUCUGAUACCGAGUCCUCUGAGGCACAGUUUGACUUUAAAGGUGUUGAUGGUCUAGUUCAAAGCAUAAAUCAUGGCCUUCUGUUUUAUUCUUAAUGUUGAGCAUUUUAUCAUAGCAGUGUUGUAGAGUUCACUGUAAGGUUUGUGAGCAAGCUAUACACAUGCUGGUCUUUACUGCAGCGGGUUUGUUUACUUUGACAAGGCGAUCAACCAUAAUUUGCAUGUUCUUUAAACAUUUCUAUUUGCUUGAAAUAAAUCAGUGGAAGUGGCGAGUCCAACGUGACAAAGGUAGCUUCCUGUCCUGCAUAGUGGAGCCUGAGCAACUUCCAUCCCCUUCCUGUUCCACAUAACUGACUGCUGGUGCUCACCUUCCCUGGCUGUAGACCAGGACGAAGAACGAGGAGAGGAAAGUAUUGUUUACAUGCACAUCUAUCAUCAACUUUUUGGGGGGGAGGAAAAAAACUAUAAACUUUUUUUCUGUUUAGGCAUGUAAAGGAUCUUCAUUUUUGAGUAAUAAAAAGCUACCUGGGUGGGUGUACCAUAUUAUUUUUAGCUGUUUUUUUUUAUUGGUAAACUGUUGGUUACCAGCCGUCUGUUUUACCAGUAAGGGGGGAGACAUGAAACCUAAAAGAAAAAAAAGUUUUUAUUCAGAAUCAUUGACAUGAAAAUGCCACAAUAGUGAGGCUAAUCAGCCAGAUGGAUUUGUGCAGGUAAUCUGUGUUGCUGUGCAGGGGGGUUGACCUCCUGCUGUUAAUUCUGGAGUAUUUGUAAAAUGUUUUCUAAAAAAAAAGAAAGUGGCCAGUCAUGUUUGGGUUGAUCAACACUCCUGUGUGUGUUGGAAUGACAAAUUCAGUGUUUUUUGACAACAUUACACCCUCCUGUUCUUCUUCCUGGCCUUGUGGGCGGAGCCUGUUCCAGAAACCAGUCUUGUUUUUGUACUUUAUUUACAACUGUUAAGAAAAGUCAUAAACACGUCUAUCAGUAUUUAAAAGACAUAAAGGUGGAAGACUAGGGAUUACUUGUGUUGUUGCUUUAGGUUUUUCUGCGCUUUUCCUGAAAUUAUUUUUAUUUUUGAUGAUUUACACUUGUUUGUAAUGACUCGUCAAUCAUCCAUGCUAAGUGCUGUUAGGCAGUCAGGAAACAAGGCUGGCCUCUGGGCUGCCUGUCUGAAGCAUCGCCAGGGCCACGAGUGCUGGCUUUUUUUUUUCCUGUUUGUUUGGUUUGCACACAAACUUGGUUAAAAAGGCAAAAGGAAAAAUUACAUGAGUCUUCUAAUGUACAAAUUGUUGUUUUUUAAUUAUUUUUAGAUUUUACUCCUAAUUUUAAAUCCUGAUUUUUGGACGCUGAAGCAGUGAUGUAAA